GUUAGCAGAACUACGCUCACGGAUGAGCAAAGAUUAGAAGUUAUUAAACACAGAAACGAAAAUUCAAAUGAAACCCAUGAUGAUACUGUUAAAUGGAUAAAGAAUACAUAUAAUCUUGAUAUUCAUCGUACUACAAUUGGACGCUUAUUGAAGCGAAAAAAUGAUAUUAAAGAAGGUUCCUCCUCAAAAAGAAUAAAACCUGUUCAACAUAAAGAACUUGAUCAUCUUCUAAAUUUGUCUGUAGAUCAGUUCAAGUUUUUGGUAGGAUGGUUAGACAAAUUUAAAAAAAGAUAUGGAAUUUCUAAAAUUAAAUGUCAUGGAGAAGUUGCUUCAGCUGAUCAUAAUGCUGCGGAUACUGCAAUUCCAAGGCUAAAAAUUUUAUUAGCUCAAUAUAAUCUUCAAGAUAUUUACAAUAUGGAUGAGACUAUUAUCUUGAACCUGAUACUACACUGGCUACAACAAAUACAAGAUUUUGAUCAAAAAAUGACUGAGUGUAAUGUUAUCCUUUUAAUAGAUAAUGCUGAAAGUUAUAAAUUUGAUGGUAUAACUCUUAGAAAUAUGAAGCUACAUUUUUUUCCUCCUAAAACAACAAGUAAAAUUCAACCAUUGGAUGCAGGAUUUAUUGUAAAUGCUUGGCAUAAUAUUUCUUCAACGACGAUUAAAAAUUGUUUUAAUCACACAAAAAUUCUUCCUGAAAUUUUAGAAUCAGAAAUUAAUGAAGGAAUAGGAGUAAAUACUGAGAAUUCAUUUACAACUACUAAUGAACUAAGUGAUCUUGAACUUCAAAUAACUAAGGAAGUUGAUGAAUUUUUAGAACAAAAUAUGACCAAUAUGCUACCUACUGAUCAAGAAAUCAUAGAUUUAGCAAGCAAAGAAGUUAUAAACCAGAAACCUGUGGAUUCUAAUAAUGAAGAGCCUGAGGUUACAAAAAAAGAAGCAUUAAAUGCACUUGAUACGCUUUCUUUAUAUCUCUUGUAG